GUAGCAGAUGAUAGCUCUCUGUUAUUCUCUCUUGCACGUGCGCGCGCGCACACACAGAGAGCCACAGGUAGUGACGUCUCAGAGCUGUUUGGUUUCCCGGUUACGCAGCCCUGUUGUUUAUGAAUGCUCAGCCGGUGUGGCCUGUUAAACUCUCUCUCUCACACACGCAGUUAUGUUCUCACACAAUGUGUACCUGGAGAACCCGUAUUCUGCUUCUGACCCGGAGCAGGGGGCAUCGGCUCCGGUGGAGGAAACGAACCGGGUGAAGUCGCUGCAGUCUCAGGUUGAUGGUGUGACGAACAUCAUGACCCAGAACGUGGAGCGAAUCCUGGCCCGCGGAGAACGACUCGAUGAUCUGAUGGAUAAAUCCGAGGACCUGCAGGCUGGGGCACAGAACUUCAAGCACACGUCGCAGAAGGUGGCACGAGCCUACUGGUGGAAGAACGUGAAGCUCGUCGUAGUGAUCGUUGUGAUUGUCGUCAUCAUCCUGCUCAUCAUCGUGCUGCUGGCUUCAGGAGUCAUCCCGAUAGGUGCCCCUGCAGCUCCGCCCCCGUCAAUCCCAACGUCCUCGGCAGUCACACCAAAACAAGAAAAUUAACGUCUUCACACUCGCUCAUACGCACAGACUUACUUUAUACACAAACCACACACACAUUAGUCUUUAAAAAUAAAGUCCCACUCGGACACAGUUUCCCUCCUACAGGAUUUCACUCCCAUCCCAAAUAAAAAUAUUUACCGUGUCUACACUUUGGGAGGGGAAGAAACUUAACCCUUUGCCCAGGCAGGAUAUUGAUCUGUAUUUAAAUAUCAUACAGCGCUGAAAUAUCAUCAACGUAUCGGAUCAGGUCGGGAAGCGCAUCAUCCUGUAGGACUGAGUUCGGAAUUCUGGUUUUUACGUAAAAACUAACAUUUAUUUACGUGUUUAUCUCAGUCCGAACGUCCUCGGUAAUAACGCUUCGUACGAAACUCUGAAAGUUGUUUACGGUGAAGCUCGUUAGCACGCACUUGUUUCCUACUUGCUUUUAUUCAUCGACGGAAUCCAGUUCCUACAAAAUGGCGAAAUUUCUUCACUUGACUAAUCAAGCCUGAGUCCUUAGUCUUAGCACGUAAUGUGAUUUAUUGUUUGUAGAAAACAACUCUAAUAAGAAUAAUAAUCCUUUUUUUCCCUCUCCAGAGUUUCUUUGAACAUUCCAAGAAUUUGUUGAAAUAUCUAGAAAUUAAAUUUGAAUUCUGAAGAUUUAUACAAUGUUGCACGUGGAAAAUACCCGGAAUUUCACACAAAUCGCUGGAACUUAAGAUGUUCACAGAAUUGCACGUUGGAAAGUUCUGGAAGCUUUAAACUAAAGGUAUUUUGAAUGUCGUGUAUUGAAAAUGUUGAGAAAUUUAACAGAUUUAAGGGACAUUAUUUGAUGUUAUGUAGCGAACAUGUCAGGGAAACUGAACUGACAGCUGGGAAUUAAAGAGAUUUUCUAUUGAGUUCAGCCCAAAUUAAGAGUUUUUAAGAUUUAGAUGUGCAGUUGGACAGAAAUUUACCCUGAAAUCAAGGAAUUUACAGAUAUUUCGAAGUUAGAAGUUUCAUCUUAAAAAUAUCCAGAAUUUAUAUUUAAAUGUGAUGGUGAAAAAGUAUUGAAAUUAUUUAUUAAUUUUUGAAAUCAUGACCCAUUCAUGUCAGAAAUUGAAGCUACAAUUAGUUGAAAAUGAAUUACUAAUAAGUUGAAGAAUGAACACAAAGUUUGAAAGUGAAAAUAUCUUAAUUUUUAUAAGAAGUAUACAAUGAAACUAUCUGACAAAUGAAAAGUUCUAAUGUUUUAUUGUUACAACUAACUGGAAAUAAGUUCCUUUAUUAAAAAUUCAGAGAAAUGUAAGAUUUUUGUUACAUAUUGAAAAUGGUAUCAAUGCUGGAAGGUAGGAUAGCUACAAGAUGUUGCAUAUUAAUAAUAAUUACUGUUAUAAAAUAACCACAGUGAAAUUUGUAAGUUUUAAACAUAGGAAUAAUUUCAUCUCUUUACUGUGUAAACUUUUUCAGAAUCAGUUUAAUAGCCAUCUACAGUUUUCGGUCACAUGAUGCGUUCAACACAAUAUUCUCAAUAUACUAGUGAUCCAGUGAGUGUGUGAAUUUUCACAGGGGUUUGCCCAAGUAUAUUAGUGUGUCUGCUUGUUUUUACAAGAUGAAAAUGUUCUCCCCCCCCCCCCCCCAUGAGUUUCUUUAAUGUUUGAAGGCUGAGUUACAGUUAAAAAUCAAUAUGAACAAUUGCGCAAAUGCACUUUGCUUUAAUGUGGGUACAAAUAUUGUCGACGAUUUGUCUUGAACAUUCCAGUCACUGCUGUAAAAUUCAAUAUUUAUCUGAUUUUUCAUUGUGAAAAAGGGGGGGACCCUGCCCUCUUUUAGUUCUUUAGAAGCCAGUUUUUUUGUUUGUUUGUUUUACACAUUUUGCACAUCUUUUGAUUUAAAUAAUUACUGGCUACAUUUACCAUUAGUAGUAAUAUUUCUUUCUAGUAGAAAUAUGCAGAAUAAAUCUCAUUAGUGAUGCUAUCAGAGCUACAGCUGUGCAGUUGUAAACCUAGAAUUAAUCAGAACCUAGUGUCAAUUUUUCUAAAUUUCUAUAAUUCCGCUCCUUGUGGUUUUGCAAUCAAUCUAUGGAGAUCUUGCAAGGUGAAAAUUGCUUCGUUCUGUAAAUAUUUUAGUCUUUCCUGCUGUAAUUUUUCAUGCAAAUCUCAUGCUGUAGCGUCCAAUGACAUUAGAAUGUUACAUAUCCAAGUUUAUUUAUUGUUCCUGUUCCAUACUAAAGCUGUUUUAGGUGCCUUCUAGUCUUGACUUGAAUCAGAAAAAUGAUAAUCAUGAGAACACACACUGCCUCGUUUAACAUGGAUUGAUUUCUUGUUGUGUUAAGGGAUAAAAUGUAUGUGUGUUUAUUCUGAUCAUGCACCACAACACCUGAUAACAUUACUUCAGCUAUUUCGUUACAGAGAAGUGUGUGAGUGAACGGGUGGUGUGUUUCAGGUUCAGAUUAAAUACUCAAGCAGUGCUGGGGCUUUGGAUGUAAAUCAAGAGUUAUGAAUAAAUACAAUCUAAAAGCCUGUAGAGCUGUUUUUAAAAAAAUAAAUAUCUGAAGUGUCAUUAAAGCUGAA